AUGGACACCCCAGAAAUGACCCCUGCACGCCAACGUGAGCCAAUCGCGAUUGUCGGUAUAGGAAAUGUCUCAUCCCCGUCAAAGCUUUGGGAAUUGCUCGACCGAAACGAGACGGGCCAUUGUGCCGUUCCAGCAGAGCGCUACAAUGCAGCUGCAUAUCAUCACCCUGAUGCCGAUCGACCUGGAAGUAUCAACUCCACCGGCGGCUACUUCAUCCAGGAGGACCUUCGAUCGUUCGAAAACGUGUUCUUCGGGAUCAACGAUCUCGAAGCAACAUCCAUGGAUCCCCAGCAAAGGAAACUUCUAGAAGUGACCUAUGAAGCAUUUGAGAAUGCCGGUGUGCCAUUGAAGAGAGUCUACGGCUCAAAUACCGGUGUUUACGUGGGCAACUUUACGAAUGACUUCAUGAUCAUGCAGUAUAGAGACCCAGAGUACUUUUCCCGGUAUAGUGCGACAGGGUCAGGACUGGCUGUUCUGGCCAAUCGAAUCACACAUUAUUUUGAUCUGCGCGGCCCAUCCAAUGUGGUUGAUACGUCUUGUUCCUCGUCACUGUAUGCUCUUCAUUCGGCCUGUUUGGCUCUUGAUGCUCAGGACUGUGACGCGGCUGUGGUGGCCAGUGCAAACCUCAUCCAGUCUCCAGAGCAGCAGAUGGCCGCCGUCAAAGCCGGAAUUCUAUCACCAGACUCGACGUGCCAUACUUUUGACGAGACGGCUAAUGGAUAUGGUAGAGCGGAGGGAGUUUCAGCGGUAUAUCUGAAGCGCCUGAGCGACGCACUGAGGGAUGGGGAUCCAAUUCGUUCUGUCAUCAAAGGAACCUCGGUCAACGGGAACGGACGUACGCCAGGUAUCGUUCAACCUAGCGUAGAAGGGCAAAAGACCGUCAUUCGAGCGGCGUAUCGUCGAGCAGGCCUGGAUCUGGGAGAGACGGACUACGUCGAAGCUCAUGGGACGGGCACCAAGGUCGGUGAUCCUAUUGAAAUCGAGGCAAUAGCAGGUGUGAUUCGUCAUCGGACCGGACGACCGACCCUCGUCGGAGGAAUUAAGCCGAAUGUCGGUCACAGUGAAGGCGCGAGUGGUCUCUCAAGCCUAAUCAAAGUCACUCUAUCCCUGGAAAAGGGCAUGAUACCUGCUACCAUCGGGAUCAACGACAUAAACCCGAGCAUCAAAACAAAUGAAUGGAAUGUGGAUAUCGUAACUGGUAACCAACUAUGGCCCGUAUCCCGUGUCCCACGAGCCUCGAUCAAUUCCUUUGGGUUCUGGGGCGCGAAUGGACAUGCUAUUCUUGAGGCAGCACAAGAGCGCCCAUUGAUCAAUGGACUCAAUGGCUCACAAGAAGACAUAAACUCAGACAGGCUAUAUUUGUUGCCUCUUUCGGCUCGAUCCGAAACGUCCCUCGCACAAAUAGCUAAGAACUUGGCGAACUACGCUUCUCAUACAACUCCCCAGGUUGCCAUUGAGGAUUUGGCCUUUACAUUGACCUGUCGUCGCUCCAAGUUGGCCGCUCGCGGCUUUUUGGUCGAAUCUCAAAGAAGCAUCGAUAAAGGCCUCAAUAGUGCUGCCUUUAGAACCAGCAACUCUCCCCGUGGCGUACCAUUUCCAUUGGUUUUUGUUUACACCGGACAGGGUGCACAGUGGGCUGGAAUGGGCAAGGAGCUUCUAACUCACAGUUCCGUAUUCAGGAAGGCCAUACGUUAUCUGGACUUCUGUCUACGAACCCUCGGCCCAGAAUCUGCGCCAGCAUGGACCCUGGAAGGCGCUCUGCAAACAGAUAAAACUAGUGACAUCAAUUCCGCCGAAAUGUCACAGCCACUUUGUACGGCCGUGCAGGUUGCGCUAACGGACGUACUCAAAGACAUGGGGGCUCUGCCAGAAAUGGUAACUGGACAUUCCUCCGGCGAGAUUGCAGCAGCUUAUUCCGCUGGGGCCAUCAAUCUCCGGCAAGCCAUCUUGGCUUCUUUUUUCCGCGGAGCUGUUGUCGCUGAGAGCUCCGCUGAGGGCUCCGCUGAGGGAACCAUGGCUGCCGUGGGACUUGGGAAGGAGCAGGUUCAGAUGAUAAUCCAAGCAUCUGGUCUAUGUGAAUAUGUCACCGUUGCCUGCGCGAACUCGCCAGAAAGCACGACCAUCAGUGGGGAUACACUUGUCGUAGAUCGACUUAUGGAAAUCUUUCAAGAAAGGUCAAUUUGGUCUCGGAAGCUGAAAACAGGAGGCAAGGCAUACCACUCGCAUCAUAUGAAGGUUCUGGGGCCCAAGUACCAGGCCUUACUGGAGCGCUAUUGGGAAAUGCCUGAUCGCACCGUUUGCAAUGGCAGUAUGGAGGGUCAAGGGUCGUCCGUGGUCACGGUUUCCACUGUAACCGGUGCGCCAGUCAGUACAAGCCAGGUCGGGCGGCCUGAGUACUGGCGCACCAAUCUCGAGUCCCCGGUGCGAUUUGACGAGGCCAUCACAUUCAUCCUGGGGCGUGGCAGUUACCAUCUAGUGGAACUCGGUCCGCACUCGGCUCUUCAGCUCGCCAUCAUGCAAAAUGCGUCCACGCUCCAAAAGAAUCGCUAUCGCUAUGACACCGCUCUGAUCCGCCACAGGGAUGCAUGGAUGACGAUGCUUGAGCUUGUUGGCUCAUUGUUUUUUUACGGACACGAUGACAUUCAAUACCAGAAGACGUUCGCGGAUGGGUCUCAGCCUCGCGUCUUGGUUGACUUGCCUCCUUAUCCCUGGGACUACAGCUCUCCCGCGCUCUGGUCUGAACCUCGGGUUGUCACUGAAUUCCGUAACCGCAAGUAUCCCCGACACGAGCUCCUCGGAUCCCAAGUGCCUGGAGGCAGCACCGCAGUGGUGACGUGGCGGAAUCUACUGGGCCUGAACGAAACCGAAUGGCUUAAGCAUCAUUGCCUGGGCCCAUCGGUGGUAUUCCCUGCUGCUGGGUAUAUUGCUAUGGCAGUCGAGGCGAUGUGUCAGGUUGCAGGUCUGCAGUUGGAAGACAGUCCCGGUGUGGAACUUCGCGACCUCAAUUUCAUCAAAGCUCUUGAUAUGGAUCCCGAGCGAAGGCCAACAAUCGAGAUCUUUACCGAGAUGCGCCCGAUGAAGAUCUCCAACUUGGUCAUUUCAGACAAGUGGUGGACAUUCAGUGUUGUCUCGGUCGACAACAAUUCUCAGUCUACCCUGCACAUGACUGCGGUCGUCCGCUUAUCAGAAACCUCAUCGCAAAUUAAUCGGCAAAUUCAACUUGAUAAAUCUAAGAUGCAGCAGGACGCGGUUCGUGUCUGGUACAGCAAGUUCAGCCAAGAAGGGCUCAACUGGGGGCCCCAGUUUGCUGUCUUGGAGGAGGUCUUCCGAGAUCGCGAGCGCAGGGCACACGAAGCAGCAGCAACGACACAUCUCCGACGGGAAGACGUAGGGAGCCGAUAUAUUGCACAUCCGAUAUCCAUAGACGCCAUUCUACAGACUGCCUACGUCGCUACUACUGGCGGCUGGAUACGCAAGCUCCGGGCUACGGUCCCUGUAGCGAUGGACUCUGUCUACAUCGCCCCUCCGGCUGCACUCCAUAUGGACACCGACAGGCCGUGGGUCAUUGACACUCAAUCCGAGCAAGUAGGUUUUGGGACGGUCAAAGUCGAUGCAGAGCUGUUCAACUCGUCUGGUCAAGUCUUGGUCAGGAUGGGCCAGGCUCGUUGUAUUGCUUAUCAGGGAAACCGACAAACGGACGUCACUGGUCCACGGAACCCCCUUGCCCGAGCCGUGUGGAAACCGGAUUUUACCGCACUUACUAACACUGGUUUUGAUCAGUACCUCAACUGGUUUACGCAGGAGUGCGGCUUUCGGUUGGCUGAUCAGGGCUGGCUUCGCCUAGCCGGUGCACUGGAUUUGGCUUGCCACCAGCGGUGUACGAGCAAUAUCCUUGAACUUAGCCAUCAACCGGGAUUUUCAGAGGUUGUUCGUGCACUCUUGCGCACCGGUACUUCUUUUAGACGAUAUAACUCUUACAGCCGUGGGAUCUUCUGCAAUGGCGAUCUGGUCGAGACUACAGACGAGCAGAAGCCACAGACCUCAUCAGCUAUCCCAGAAAAGAGGAAAUUCGAUAUAGUCCUUGUCCCUUCGGCCGAUCUGUGGACACCGGUCCUUGCUAGCAGGCUCACACCUGGGGCAAUUGUAAUCUGGAGGGGGGAUGCACUCAGCGAUGAAAUCUCUUGGAACAGAGUUGUCAAAGGAUCCGGGUCUUUUCCUGUGACAGUGACAACUAUCAGCGAUCUGAGUAGCCAGGCGAAGAUUGAUAGAACUCCCACAAUUGUGGUGACCCGAGAUGGUAGCCCAACUUCUCUGGUUCUCAAACUCCAAAAGACGCUGCAGGGACAUUUGGGAUCAACUGUUAGUAUAAUCUGCUUGUCCCAGGUCAGCCCCGAGACAGUGCCGGACCGAUCGAUCAUCAUAUCCACUCUAGAACAACAGCAACCUCUCCUGAGCGUGGCCGAUGAGCAUGAGAUAGAGCAUUUGAAAAGUAUCACCGAUCGUGCUGCCAAAAUCCUAUGGGUCGUCAAAGGAGGCUUGCUGGACGGAGAACGUCCCGACUUUGCUCCAGUUCGCGGACUCGCCCGUACGCUCAUGAUCGAGCAGCCUUCCCUCCAAUUUGCGGUUCUGGAUGUAGACGAAAAGUCAGCCUCGUCGCCCGACACACUCCAGAAUAUCAUGACGAUUCUAGGCCGAGUAUCCCAUGAGCUUGAGCCUGACUUCGAAUUUGUUCAGCGAGAUGGGGUGCUUCAUAUCUCUCGCUGGGAGCCUGACGAUCGUCUCAACGAAGCUUUCCGUCUGAAGCAGAAUGAGGAAACGAUUGACUUUCCUCUUGCGGCUGCUGGGCGUUGUGAGUUGGGUAUCAAGAGCCCAGGGCAAAUUGACACUAUUCACUUUGUGCAAACUGAAUAUGAAACCCCUUUGCAUGUGGAUUAUGUGGAGAUAAGUGUGAAGAGCGUAGGUAUGAAUGCAAAGGUGAGUUGUUUGCUAGAAUGCAUUGCUGGCUUUGAUAACAAAAGGAAAAGGAUCUAUAUGCGGUGA